UGUUUGUACCAAUUUAAUUAUAUAUAUAAUAGUUACAGAUUUCUUAAUUAUUCAAUAUAUAUUUAUUAUAUGUAAAAAUAUAGAAUACAUAAAAUAAUUUUUAUAUAUAAUGUUUAUUUCGCGCGAGGUACGGAUGUAGAUAUCAUAAAAUCGUAGGUGUAUUAGAGCUAUGUAUGAGCUACCCUAACCUACAAGACGCCACAAUACAUAUAUAAGUAAAUGCAUAUAUAUAAAAUCGUCAUUUAAUUUGAUAGUUAAAAAGUUUAACAUGUAUGUUGAGAGGCCAAUUGUUGAGACCAAAUUUAUGACGUCUUAACUCUUAAGUCUUUAUUUCCAGAGUCUGGAUUUCCAUAUUUCUUUUCUUUUAAUCUUUCAUUUUUUUCUCUAUCCUUGUUUUGGAAGCUAAGUUAGUGAAUUACACUUCAUUAACCACCAGAAGUCUGUUAAAAUAUAUGAAAACUAAUCUUGAGUAUUUCUUGAGUAUCCAAAUGAAACUAAUCAUGAGUAUCCAAAUGAAACAAAUAUCAAAUUUAAAAAUGUAGAUAAUGCGUGAAUAACCACAUGAAGAUUUACUGGUGAGUGUUUAUUACUACAUUUAAUAAAGUGAUUUAAAUUUCAUAGACCAAAAUAAUGAAAGGAGUAUAUCAAUAUAUUUUAAUAGACAGUAAAAUGUAUAUACUAUAUUGAAUAUGAUAUGAGUCGCAACCUUUUAGUUCCUUGUAUAUAAACAACACUCCAAAUGACAGGCAAAAUACAGAAACCAAAACAAGUAAUGUAAUAAACUCGUCAAACAUAGCUCUGCUUUUUCUUUUCCUUCGAUCAGAUUCAGAUCCAGACAAUGAAUCAAGAUCUUCAAGAACCAAUGGCGGAGAUCAUGCCAAAUAUCAUAACAGCAAUGUCGUAUCUAUUGCAAAGGGUAUCGGAGACCAACGACCAUCUGAGCCAGAAACAGAGCAUCUCAGGCUUCCAUGGAAUAACCAAACCUUCAAUCUCAAUCAGAAGCUACCUCGAGAGGAUCUUCAAGUACGCAAACUGCAGCCAUUCGUGUUACAUCGUCGCGUAUAUAUACUUGGAUCGGUUCAUCAAGAAGCAGCCCUUUUUGCUCAUCAAUUCCUUUAGUGUUCAUAGGUUUAUAAUCACAAGUGUCUUGGUCUCUGCUAAAUUCAUGGAUGACUUAUCUGCCAGAUUGCUGGAAUAUGCACAUAGCUUGAAGCUUCAAUCACUCGUAAUUCACCUUCUCCAGGAAAAUCUUGUUCAAUAAGUGAAGAGUUAUCUGUUAUUGUCACCAUAUAGAUCCGGGCUCACCUAUUGUAAAGCAAACACAGGUCAUUAUACAGUAUGAGAAACAAAAUCAUAUUCAUAUAUAUUCCCUAGAA